AUGGACGCAAUCAUGCUGCAGGAGAAACUAGUUGAACGGCUACUGUGCCCGCGAGUCAGGACGGCCAGGCAGAAGGAGAAACAGUAUGUGGGAUUCGCAACGCUGCCAAACCAAGUGCACCGGAAGUCUGUGAAGAAAGGUUUCGACUUCACGCUGAUGGUGGCAGGGGAGUCUGGGAUGGGGAAGUCCACUCUCGUCAACAGCCUGUUCCUCACGGAUCUUUACAAAGACAGAAAGUUGCUAAACGCUGAAGAGCGCAUCAAUCAGACGGUGGAGAUCAUCAAACACACGGUGGACAUCGAGGAGAAGGGAGUGAAACUGAAGCUGACGAUCGUCGACACGCCGGGGUUCGGGGACGCCGUCAACAACAACGAGUGUUGGAAGCCCAUCACAGACUACAUAGACCAGCAGUUUGAGCAGUACUUCAGAGACGAGAGCGGACUCAACCGGAAAAACAUCCAAGACAACCGCGUGCACUGCUGCCUCUACUUCAUCCCACCCUUCGGACACGGGCUGCGACCGGUGGACGUGGAGUUCAUGAAGGCGCUGCAUGAAAAAGUGAACAUCAUUCCUCUUAUUGCCAAAGCCGACUGCCUCACACCAAACGAAAUCAAGAAGCUCAAAGACAGAAUACGAGAGGAAAUCGACAAGUUUGGGAUUAAGGUGUACCAGUUCCCAGAGUGCGACUCGGACGAGGACGAAGAAUUCAAACAACUCGACAAAGAGCUCAAAGAGUGCACCCCGUUCGCUGUGAUCGGCAGCAACACAGUGGUGGAGGCGCGUGGCCAGAGAGUGCGAGGCCGUCUCUAUCCCUGGGGAAUCGUGGAAGUGGAAAACCAGUCGCACUGUGAUUUUGUGAAACUGAGGAACAUGCUGAUCCGUUCGCACAUGCACGACCUCAAAGACGUGACGUGUGACGUGCACUACGAGAACUACAGAGCGCAGUGCAUUCAGGAGAUGACCAGUAAACUGACUCAGGACAAUCGCAUAGAGAGUCCGAUCCCCAUCCUGCCGCUGUCCACCCCCGAUGUGGAAACUGAGAAACUCAUCAAAAUGAAAGACGAGGAGCUGAAGCGGAUGCAGGAGAUGCUGAACAAGAUGCAGCAGCAGAUGCACGAUAAAGAGCAUGAUGGUACAGGAUAUGGUCUUUAUCAGUUGCUUCCAGCUGUGUGUUCCUCCUCGUCUUCAAAAACCCGUCACAAACACCCAUUGGGUUCAGCGGCAUUCGAGGUCAUGAUGAAGAGUCUGUCGCCGCUCCUCCUCUUCCUCCUCCUCCUCCUCUGCUGUGGAGGUCUGCUUUCUUGCCCCUCAGUCUGCUCGUGUCACAAUCGCACAGUGGACUGCAGCGGUCGCAGUCUCUCCAGCUCUACACUCCCAGACACUUUCCCCGUCGACACCACAGAGCUGCGCCUCCACAAUAACCUGCUAACCACUCUGCCACGCGGGCUGCUGCAGGCUCUGGACGCGCUGAAAGAACUGCGCUCUGUAACGCUCCACGGGAACCCCUGGAGCUGUGACUGCGGAGCCCUGGAGCUGCGAGCCUGGCUGCUCCGCCACUUCUACCGCAGCAGAGACAAGACCGAGAUACAACGAGUGCAGUGCAGUUCUCCGGUCGGCCUCAGGGGGCGAAUAGUGGCGUAUCUCAGCGAGCAGGAGCUUCUGGACUCAUGUCACUACUGGUUCUGUGACUUGGCUCUGGCCGCACAGUUGUGCCUCCUGUGCUUUGUGCUGAUUCAGGGGGCACUGUUGAUCACGGUGGUGGUUUUCCUCAGGAGGUUUCAGCUCAUGUCCAAAGAGGCCAGAAGAACCCAAGAGGAGAGCUUCACUGCAGGAGACAGGCCCCUAGACGACGAGUACACGCCUUUAAGAGAUACAAGCUUGUGA